CAUUCUGUCCGCGAUACGAUUCGGUGUAAACGUGUCGUACCCUCUUCGCGCGUCCAUGUCCAGGUCAGCCACGCGCCGGUCGUCAGUGGAUCACGCGAGCGGGAACCACCCGCUGGAGAACCGGUGAAGCGGCGGUGUACGGUGGUGGUGUUGGUCAGGUGGUGGAGAACCGAGGGACCAGGAGUGCUCGCUCGCACGUCGCGCGGCACUCGGGAUCACAGAGAAUCGCUGGGUCAGGAUAGCGUGGUCAUCCUGAGACUUGGUCCCGUGGGGAACGACGAAUACACGGGGGACGGUCGACCGUUCGUGACGACCAAUCGCGACCGCGUUCGCCGCGAGAGAAGUCGAAGAGCGAGACCGGCUCGGCUCGGCGCGACGACAACGACCUGUCAGAGACAGAGAGGGUGGAGCAACGAUUUUCCGAGUCGAGAGUGGCGCGAAACGGGAGCGAAACGAGGAGCGCAGUGCGGGUCGAUAUAACGCGACGACAACGUCCUACGGCGCGAGAAGAUAGUCUCGCGCGACUGAUCCAGCCCGCGGUGCCUUCUGAAACGUCCCAGGUGGUGGUCUCUUCUCACCGGCGAUUAGUGAAGAGUCGGGCGGCGGGCUUCCGCGCGUGCUUCGCCGGGUGCACUGGAGCCGCGCCAAAAGAGAGUCGCCAGCUACGAUCGCUACGUUUCAGGUUCCGCGGUCACCACGUGGUGUCACCCACCGCGAGCUGACCGCGACUUGGGCGAGACGCGACGCGCGCGCUUAAAUUCAGAGGAACAAGCUGCACAAGUCGUGGCGCGGGAGAUUGACGCUUGGCGAACGCUCGAGCGAGCCGCUCAUUGAUCGACGAGCGAGGAGUCGGAGGACACGAGCCGUCCCGCCGGUGGGUGGGUCAUCAGGCCGGAGGAGAGAGAGAGAGAGAGAGAGAGAGAGAGAGAGAGAGAGAGACACGACGGCGCGCCGUCUCGCCUCGAUCGUGCUGGAAUGAUCGGCUUGGAGCCGAUCGUCGCGAGUUCCGCUGCUACCGCCCGAUUACACGGCCGACUCGAUGCGCCGCUAAAGGAAUCGUCGUCACCCGCGAGGAGGCAUCGAGAGCCGAACAGGUGCGACCGCGCGAAAGCCGCGGUCACGUGGCCCGUCGCGAUGAUGUAAGGUGUCCUGAGAGAACGGCGACGAGAUGACGCGCGACAGGAGCAAGCUACUGCUGCUGCUGCUGCUGGGCCUGCUGAUGGCCCACGGCCUCUUCGUGGUCGAGUGCAAGUACCAUCAGCGUGAGGACAGAGCGACGACAGAAGCGAGACAUCGGCACAGGCACAGGCAUGAGUCCUCGAAUCGGAGGAGUCAUCACGACCUCGACAGGAGAUCCUGGCAGGAGGUCGAUUACGACGGGGAGUACGAGGACGACGGAGGAGACUCCAAGGACGAGGACGAUUACGAGAUGCGGCUGUACUACGAUCGGCUCAGAUCGUAUCAGCAGCCGCGGAAUUAUCAUGGCCGGAUGCUCGAGCCGCGCUACCCGGAUAGGUACCACAGUGGCGGCGGCGGUGGGGGCGGGGGCGGUUACCGCGGAAGCGGCUGGUACGACAAGGACAAUGACAGGCGCAAUAUCUCGCCGCGGUACAACGCGAAAGCUCGCCGCCGAUACACACCCGGCAGGAGCUACAGCCACGGCCGUUACACGCACGAUCACGUCUUUGACGACAGCACGGACGAGGAUUUCGAUUACGGUAAGCCGCAUAGGCACGUCCAAGACGGGGGGGCUGCCCCAGCCGACAGGCGUCUCGAGUGGAGGAGGAACUCCAGACGGCCACCGCCACCACCUCCGAGGAGAGGCAGGAUAUUCGACGAGGACACGCGUCCCUCUCCCAACGUGUGGAGGCAUCGCUUGAAGGAUCGCGUCGUCGAUCGCGACAGAGAGUCCAGAUGGACGGAAUAUUGGAGGAGGAGGCUCAACUCGUCAGAGUACAUGCCCCACUCGUUAAAGGGCGAGAGCAAGUCUGACGAGAGCGAAAGCGACGACGAGGACGAGGAGGAAGACGAGGACGAGGAUUACAAGGAUCACGGAGGACUCGAGGAGAGGGACAAGGACGACGACGACGACGACGACGACGACAACGACGAGGAGGAGGAGGAUGAGGAGGAAGAGGAUGACAUUUGGAAGAUCUUCGACGACAAGGGCGAAGGGAAUGACGAGCUUGAGGAGCUGGACAACGACUUCUACAAGAACAGAUCCAGGCCAGCCUUGACUUACGACGACAUCAUCAAGAGACUCACGUCCGACGACCCGAUCACUGCGAGGACCACCGUCAAGAGGGAUUACCGAAACAUCGAGGACAGAUAUGCGAAACGCGAUGGCUACAGGAACCUCAAGUACGAGUCGAGGAACAUCACCAGGGUGUUAGGUCCCUAUACGUACGCCAACAGGCCGAUCAUCAACAGAGCGCGCGCGGUGAGCUCGAGCGUCAAAUCCGCCGUCCCGGAUAAGCCGUCGGCGAAUAACGCGUUCGCCGUGGCGGCCAUGCGCAACAAUUGGCAGCAAGAAAGAAAGACCGCGGUCAAGGGCGACGGUGCGCAUAGCAAGAGCAAGAGAGGCGAUCUGGACAACGACGGGUACAUGUACGGCCCGGAUAACGAGAAGAACGACGAGGAUAAGGACAUGCAGGCGGACGUUACUAAUACCGGAUACACCGACGACGACAAUAGCGAGAGAGACAAGGCUGCUGCAGUCGACGCGUCUGCAACGAUCAGCAGCAGCAGCAGCAGCACGAUCACGACCAGAGCGACGAGCACGACGCCCAAGUGGCCGGCCAACGGGGACGGUAAGAACCAAGCAAAGGCCAACGAAAGAGGCACCGCGGCUCAGUACAGCGGAUACCAACCGAAAAACGACUACCCGCCGAUGUCUGCUCACAGCGACUACAAGUGGCGGACACUCGGCACUCGCGAGAGCGUCACGCAGACCAGGAGCAACAUGUUGCAGUACAUUAAAAACGGUGUGUACAAUAAAGGACAUCCUGCAUACCGAGAAGCUCUGCGAUAUUCGGAGAAGGUCAAAGACGAAGCCAGCUGUAGGUGGCCGCGCGCAAAAGUCAUCCGGGUUAGCGACGUGCGACCGGACCCGUCCGUCAACUACCAUCCGCACUGCGCCAUAUUGCACGAGUGCUCGGACAACACGGGAUGCUGCAAGUCGGAUGAGCUCACCUGCGUGGCCAACAAGUCCCAUACCGUCCAGCUUACAUUUUACACUACGAGUGUGAAUGGCAGUUUGAGCGUGGUGAAGAUAGAGUUCGUCAAUCACACGGAAUGCGGGUGCGUGAAUAGGGAAAGGUACAACAAGAUCCUCGAGAUGCAGAGAAUCAACCACGGCCAGUCCCUCUCGUCUUUCCAAAACACGAAGAUGACGUCGCUGACAAAGCCAUGCAAGUGUACGAAGAGUUUCACGGCGAGGAAGCAAUCCCCGCAAGACGACUGCGAAUGUAAAUGCCAGGAAAACGAUGUGGAGUGUAAGCAGAUCAGCAGAGGAAAGAAAUCCCUCGAUCGCGAGGACAGAGAGUGCAUUAGAAACAACGAGUGCACGGUACCUUACUGCGAAUUCGGCAUGUACAUACCAUCGAAUGGCAAGUGUCCGACAAGAAGGAGCAUGGUCAACGCAGCCGCGAACCACAUCAUGUAUCAGAAGCGGCAAGUCAGAAGGAGAAGCGAGCGGCGAACGAAGGAGUCGCGAGGAUAAGCGCUCGCCGUGCCAAUUUAGACGGAGGGAUGCAGCGCGCGCGUCUGUCAAGGAGUGCGCGAGAAAAACCGAUGGUGCCAUUUACUUCUCUUUUCUCUAUCAAGUGCCUUCGUCAGGACACACUCGUUUAUAUGUGUACGUGUAACCCCCCGCCCUCAGUCCCCGCGUCAUUAUGUAUAAAUGUACAUCGCUAUCUGAAGCACGCGCGCGCGUAUAUCUCGUUGUCGGUCCUUUCGAUCACGAACGAGAAUACGAGAUAACAACGACAACGGUCGUCGACUCUCGAUAGCAGUGAUCGUCGCGGGGACACAGUAAAAAUAGUAUUUCGUUGUUUAAGUGAUGAGCAAACUUUAGGCGUCGAUUCGUAACGGCGAUUCGCCGAUGGUGUGAGAGAGAGAGAGAGAGAGAGAGAGAGUGAAUUAACCCCUCGCGUUGGCAUUUAUUUCAUGAAUUCUCAAGAUGUAUCUGAAGAAUCUUUACACUAUCUCGUAGAACCCUUCAGUGUUAUGAAAUAAUAAAGAUUUAGCUUUGCGAUUAACAACGCAUGCGCAUGCGGCUCGCGAAAGUGUAACGUCCGCGAGAUGUCAUUCCGACGCGAGGAGUUAGAAAGGAAUAAGAUUGAUAGGUCGAGCUCGACCGGACAAUUUUGAAGAGACCGAAAAAUAACGGACCCCACAUACAGUUCUCUUGGAACUACUUGGAACAAAGCGACGUGUACAAAUGGAUGGCUAUUAGCUCGAAGCUAUCGGUAUGCCGAUAGAACACUGCAAGUAAUCAUUUCCGGAGAGGACACGAUCGCGAGGGAAGCGUACGCCUGUCAAGGAUACGUGGUCGUUAAUUAAGUGCGUCAACUGACGAUGAUCCCACGGCGAGCCGCCGAAAUUACGUAGAUCUGAGAGGACGCGAGGCGUCUCUCGAGUUAAUUUUAUGCGAUAAACGAUGCCUCGAUUAUCAUAGUUUACGCUGAGAAAACCUCGGACGCGCGAGCCUAGUCUGAGAUCCUGUUUCCGUUCUGCGCGAAAAGAAGCUCGCUCGUUACUUUCUUUUUUAAUCUCGGGACUACAUUCGGCGAACUCAUUAAGAUCUCUCCGAACGCCGCUCUUUCGGCUAGACGUGACUAUGCGCGCAUAACGAGCUCACUAGCCAACUAAUCGCCCGGCUAGAAAAACGUAUUCACCGAAAUAGCGUGUGCGAUGAGAUAAGAUACCAAAGUCCGAAAGAGAGGCAUGGACGGCCGAUCGCGCAGAAUCGAGACAGAUCAUCAAUGUAUCCACAUUUUUUUGUAUGUUACACGAUAGAGUAUCUUUAUUGUGUUUUUAUUCGAGCAUUAAUAUACGCCACGUUCGUUAAUUUAAUAUUUAAUCGAUAGACGACAUGUGUAAGCACAUCAAGCCCGUGGCGCUUUUUUCUCGCGCUUUCGCACGGCUGGUGUAACGCGAGAUAGGCUCUGAAACGUCGCGUACGGGUACGGCCCUGCGUGUGUUUGUAACUUUGUAUUUUCUAUGUUAUUAAUGAAACAUACACAUACAUGAAUACACGCACACACAUACAUAUACACAAACGCACAGACACAGCAAAUUAGAUAUCGCGAGGUAGAUCAAUUGUGUGCGUCCAGUCGUAUUACCGCGUGCUUGGACUAUACGACACUGUCCGUGUGAGAAACAACCGUUAUUAUAUUGUUAAUGCCGCCGCUUCUUUACUACGACAGAAACUAUGAUUAUCUGAGAAAAUAAAAUAUAUUAAUUAU